UCGAGAGGAACUUCAUCUAAUCUAUGUUGAUGUUGUAGGGAAGAACAUGAGCCAGCCAAACGAAAGCAAGAACUGCUCCUUGAGUGACGUGGAUGAGCUGAUGAGAACCGUGCAGCUGGCGGUGCACAUCCCCACCUUCCUCCUGGGUCUACUUCUCAACGUGCUGGCCAUCCAACGCUUCCGCACCUUCCUGAAGAAGAGGUGGCCGGAGUAUGCUGCCACCUCCAUCUACAUGAUCAACUUGGCAGUCUUUGACCUCCUGCUGGUGCUCUCGCUCCCAUUCAAGGUUGCCCUGGGCCACGUGAAGGAUCCCUUACAAUCUCUCUGUACAUUUGUGGAGUGCCUCUACUUUAUCAGCAUGUAUGGCAGUGUCUUCACAAUCUGCUUCAUCAGCCUGGACAGAUUCUUGGCCAUCCGGUACCCGAUCCUGGUCAGCCACUGCCGGUCCCCUAGGAAGAUUUUUGGGAUCUGCUUCACCAUCUGGGUCCUGGUGUGGGUUGGGAGUAUCCCCAUCUACAACUUCCAUGGGAAAGUGGAAAAAGGGUACACAUGCUUCCACAAUAUGUCCGAUGACACCUGGAGUGCCAAGGUCUUCUUCCCUCUCGAGAUGUUUGGCUUCCUUCUUCCCAUGGGCAUCAUGGGUUUCUGCUCCUUCCGGAGCAUUCACAUUCUGGUUGGCCGUCUGGACCACAGCCAAGACUGGGGCCAGCAGAGGGCCUGCAUCUGGACGAUUGCAUCCAGUCUGGCUGUCUUUGUGGUCUCCUUUCUUCCGAUCCACCUCGGUUUCUUCUUGCAGUUCCUGGUGAGGAAUGGCUUUAUUGUGGAGUGCAGAGCUAAGUGGAACAUCAGCUUGUUCUUGCAGUUGUCCAUGUGUCUCUCCAACAUCAACUGCUGCCUGGAUGUUUUCUGCUACUACUUUGUCAUCAAAGAAUUCCGCACAGGCAUCAUGGCCCUCCAGCGUUCUGGUGGCCAGCUGGCCCUCUGGGAUACCAUGACCACCAGAGGCUAAGAGAAGAAAGUCCUGCUCAGAGGAAGGAAACCCCAGCCCUGAAUUCCAGGAGCAGAUAUCCCAUCCCAA